UUGUUUUUUGUAAAUUUAUUGCAAACGCUCCUGCUGCAAAAAAACAACUUCGGGGUGAUCUUAUUGGAAUAGAUGCAUGUCACUGCUUCCCUGCCUUUUGUAGGAUAAGGCAAGGAGCGACGCGCAUCCGAGCGAGGGGAUAUAACGGGAUAACGCGAGUAAAGAGAAAAGCAAAAGAACGCAAAAAGUUGCAUUGCCCGGUGUCCACGCAUCGUCAUGUCGAGGUACAACUUCUUACUGUGCUUGAUGGUGCUCAUCUCCCUGGGAAAGUCGGGGAGCGAUGAGCCCAAUCUGCUGCUGCCUCCUGCCAGCGAGACGCCCACGGAUGCCGGGCUGUCUCUGCUGGACGAGGACGCCGGUGCCCACGAGUGCUCUGCCUGCGUGUGGAGGGAGCAGAGCAAAGUGCUGAGACUGGAGACCAUCAAGUCCCAGAUCUUGAGCAAGCUGCGCCUGAAACAGGCGCCCAACAUCAGCCGGGAGGUGGUCAAUCAGCUGCUGCCCAAGGCACCUCCGCUCCAGCAGCUACUGGACCACCACGACUUCCAGGGAGACGCGUCGUCCCAGGACGAGUUUAUGGAGGAGGAUGAGUACCACGCCACCACGGAGUCUGUGAUCACCAUGGCCUCUGAGCCGGAGCCAUUGGUGCAGGUGAAUGGGAAGCCCAGCUGCUGCUUUUUCAAGUUCAGCCCCAAACUGAUGUUCACCAAAGUGCUGAAGGCCCAGCUAUGGGUGUACCUACGACCACUGCAGCAAACAUCCACCGUCUACCUGCAGAUCCUCCGGCUCAAGCCUGUCACUGAGCAGGGCAGCCGCCACAUCCGCAUCCGUUCCUUGAAGAUAGAGCUCAACUCCAGGGUCGGCCACUGGCAGAGUAUUGACUUUAAGCAUGUGUUGCAGAACUGGUUCAAACAGCCGCAUACCAACUGGGGAAUCGACAUCAAUGCCUUUGAUGAGAGUGGCAAUGACCUGGCAGUUACCUCACUGCGACCCGGAGAGGAGGGGCUGCAGCCGUUCCUGGAAGUGAAGGUUCUUGAGACGACCAAACGUUCUCGGAGAAAUCUUGGCCUGGACUGUGACGAGCACUCCACUGAGUCCCGCUGCUGUCGCUACCCUCUGACUGUGGAUUUCGAGGCAUUUGGCUGGGACUGGAUCAUUGCCCCCAAACGUUACAAAGCCAACUACUGUUCUGGCCAGUGCGAGUACAUGUUCAUGCAGAAAUACCCGCACACCCACUUGGUGCAGCACGCCAACCCCCGAGGCUCUGCAGGACCCUGCUGUACCCCGACCAAGAUGUCCCCCAUUAACAUGCUCUACUUCAAUGACAAGCAGCAGAUCAUCCACGGCAAGAUCCCAGGGAUGGUGGUGGAUAGAUGUGGCUGCUCUUAGGCUCUAGGGGAGAUGCACAGUUGUGUACAGCCACCAUUGCAUCAAACCACCCAAAACCCUUAUGGAGCUCUCCCCUGACACCAGAACCCACUUCUUGGCACCAGA